CAGGGCUGCUGUCGAUGCACGGGAAGGACCAGUCAGAAAGCAGACCGGUCGAGGCUGCAGUGUCUGCUCUGGUUACAUCUGUGCCUGUUCUGUUUGGAAAAACCUGCCCAGAUGGAACAUGGAGCCUCCAAAAAGAGGCAAUAUCUGGAAAAACUCAGGUGUUUGGUAAUCUUAUCAUUGCCCUGCAGAAAGCCUGGCUCUCUUGCCCUCCCCCCCCCCAUCUCCUGGGAGUCCUGGCCAUGACAGAUGAUGUCUCCCACCUUGAAGGCAGGGCGGGUGGUGUCUGUUCUCACUUGGUGUCUUGAAGAAGCUUGUUUCUGAAUUGCUGAGACAGCACGUUUCUUGCACUGACCCUUUAUCUGCCAACAUGGAGCUUGCUGUCGUUGCAAUCUUGUCUGUGUGGGUAUCAAUCAGUGAGAUGUGGAUUGUUGGUUGGUAUGUAGAAAGGCCUUUUCACAUGAGCAAGUAGGCUUCACUGUGCCCUGCACUGGAUCCCUGGUAAACCAAAUGGGCUUUUCACUGGGUUGUUUCUCACAAAUAAUAGUGUGUGAGAUAUGUCAGAAUGAAUGAGUUUUGGAAAUAGCAACAGCUGGUGUGUGGAUUUAACAUGAAAGGAAGCAAUUUAUAUGGAAACAGUCACUUUGGUAGUGUGUUGGCACUGAACUGACAUACCUCUGCUUUCAAGACAGAAUAAACACUAUUAAUGGAAUUGUAUAAAUAUUAUUAGGGAGACUAGAACAUUGCAUUGGAUUAAAAAUUGUUAAAAUAAUCUAGAAGGGUUUUGGCCAAACUUGCAGACCAAAGAAUUUCAGGGAUUUUGAACACUGAAAUUCACACAGCCCUACAUUUGUUUGAAUGCUUCAGAUUCAUUUAGUUUUGGUUGUUUUCACUAACUACUUCAUAUCUAUCAGGAACAUGUUUGACAAACCGAACAGGGAUGCUUUUCAAGUGGUUGUGCACUUCUUGUUGACUAAACUGGAUCACUCACGCUCAAUGGAUGUCUUCCGAUCUUGCUGCCCUCCGCUGGAUAAAAAGGGAGAUACUGAAUUCAGGAGGCAAUGCUGUGAAUGGCUAAAAGAAAUUUCAGAUGAAUGUGGAAACAACUUUCCCCCAGUUGUAGCCUCACUAUUUCUUAGUCCUGGUGGUCCCAAAUUUAUUCAUCUAAUGUAUCAUUUUGCAAGACAUGUAAUGGUACAAGAUAUGAAAACAGACUGUGAAGGCACCAAUAUACGUUUUCCAGAAGCUGUGAAUUCAAGGCCUCGUAACUCAUAUGAGGCAGCAGCAAGAUACAGAGUGGUGUUUAAUAGGUUUUUACAGAUUACACAAAAAGAAGACUUUAUAAUUCGAGAGUACCAGAGAAAAGUAAAAUUAUUUACUAAACAAAUAAGAGAAUCAAGAUCUCAAUGUAUAGAACUGCACAAACUGCUUCAGAAAAUAGAGCAAAAUAACCUAAAGCAAAGUAACACAGAAGAGAAAGUUCAAAAGGUUCGCUCCAUGUGGGCCUCUGUAAUGGAAACCCUUACAUUCUUGGAAAAAGAGAAAGAAGUUGUAGAUUCUAUUGUUGCUGGUCAUGUGGACCAAUAUACUUUAGAUGGAACUAAUGUCACUAUCAGCGUCCCAAGGCUGCUGCUUGACAAAAUUGAAAAUCAAAUGUCCGACUUGCGUAUAGGAAAUGUAUAUGAAGCUGGAAAACUAAACCUGUUAACAACCAUUCAGUUAUUAAAUGAAGCAUUGAAGACUUUAACCCAGGAACGUGAACAAGUGGACAAGAUGGCACUAAAGUUGGAUCUUGACUACAUUGCAGCCAAGACCAAAUCUCAAAAUAAAAUUUUGUUGGAGCUUCAGUCUAUGAGGCACAAACUAAAGCAAGAGGAUCAUGUGUCCAUAGUGGAAUCAAUUGCUGAAAAACAAAGAGACUGGGAUAUGAAGUGGGAAAACUUCCUUGGUCAGUCUCCCUUCACUUUAAUUAAAGAAGAGAAUCCAGUACUUGAUUUGUUACCAGCUAUGUCUCCUCUUUCUUUUGAUCCUGCAACAGAAGAGGCUUAUAAAAGCAGUGUUUUCUGUCAAUAUCCAGCAUCAAUUCCAAAUGCACCUAAGAAGUAUUGUCAAGCAAAUGAUAACAAGGAAGAGGAUGCAACACUGGAACGUAUAAUGGAGACACCAUCUACAGGAAGGAUGCUCUCUCGCUUGCAGUCAACUACACCCCGCCUUUUCACAGCUGAACCUACCAUUGCGGCACUUGAAAAGGAUGUGCAUACUGCAACUCCCAAAAGGAAAGAAUGGUCUGUUACUCAAAUCUUAAAAUAUGGAAUACACAAACCUAGACCAAUAGAAACGUGGAAGAGUGGAAGCACUAGUGUACUCCAAUCACCAACUGCAGUUAAAAGAGAAGAUGCUGUUAAGAAGGCACAAGAGCAACUGGCAGAAGAGGUUGCAGAUGUUGUGGUAUCAGAAUCUUCUCAAGGUAGUGGUGGAAAAGGAAUGGAGUUUGAUGAUCUAAUUGGUUCAUUAGCUUCUAACCCUUUCUUAACAAGGAAACAGAUCCCACGAACUCCAGAAAAUCUGAUUACUGAAAUUAGAAGCUCAUGGAGAAAAGCUAUUCAAGCUGAAGAUACAGAAUUGACUCAGACAGAUAAGAUAAAAGAUGCUCCAUUGGAUCUAGAAUCUGCAGUUUGUAGCCGAAUAGAUGAUAGUAUGGCCUGCUUUAUGUCUGACCUUAAUGUUUCUAACUUACACGAAGAGGAAUCUUCAUUACGUCAGAUGUUACCUGAACUUAAAAAGCAGAUGGUGGUUAGUCACAUCAGUGAAUUAGCAACACCAAUAACAGCUACAAGAAUGCCAGAUAGUGAAAGAUCUUGGGAACUUGGAUCAAAACCUAUUGUUUCAUGCAAAACUGUCAUAGAAAAUCCAGAAGAACUUGUUUUUCCAGCUGUACUUAAGAGCACAAAUCCCUUGGUUAGUAGUGUAGAGAGAGAUAUUGAAACAGAUGCUCUAUCACAUUAUGUUUGUCAAAAUUCUUCAGUUAAUACAACUCUGUCAUGGGAUGCAUCUCAAAUGGUAAGUGGCACUAGUUCUGACAGUCAUGACGUUAUCCCAUUUGGAAUAUUACAUGAGACUUUUCCAGAGGAACUUGGCAACAUUAGUCUUAAUAGCUCUAAAAGUCUGGAGACUGAUGAUGAAGUUGAAGGUUACUCGAGGGACAGCAAGUCCUUGGAAAACCUAACAAAAUAUGAACAGGCUGCUCAAGAAGGCACACUGAAUUUACAGUCUAUUCGCAACAGGUAUGAAGCACUGAUAAAGAGAGAUUCAUUUCAGUCACCAACUAGAAAACAAUUUUUUCGGUAUAGAUCAGAGAUAAACCUUACUCCAACAUGCACAGAAACAGAAGUAUUUAGUCCUGCAGGAAAACACUAUGCAUUGGAUGCAGAGUACAUCAAGACACCUUCAUGCAUAUCUUCUGAAAGAAAGCAUACUCCAUCACUGAUUGCAUUUUCUCCAGGUCAAGAGAGACUAAAGUCAAUGACACAAAAGAAACCUGGAGAUUCUCUGCAUAUCUUGAAGGAAGAAAAGAAUUUGAAGGAGAAGCUGGAUCCAAAAGAAUCAUCUGAUAUAAAGAUGCAAAGAUGAAGCAGUUUCACAAUUAAUAGAACGAUGUAUUUGGAUGUGUAAAGGCUUGGGUACUAAACAAUUAGACAUAAUUAAAAUGCUAUUUGUAAUUUACAUUUUUCAAACUACUAGGUUUUUUUAAUACUUCAGUUUAAAACUAGUAAAGGGCCUUUUUGAGAAUUCAUUUAAGCAUGUGCAUUAAGUUAUCAAGGGGUAUCCUCCUUUAGUUCUAAAUUUUGCGAUGCUUCAAUAUUAAAUUAUCACACCAAUUGUGAAGGGACUUGGAAGAAAAAGGCUGGAUCCUUUUAAAGGCCUCCUUUUCUCAAGUCCAUAUUUGGGAGGCAAACUUCAUUCCCCAAUCUGACUUGUGAAGUUUGUUUAUUGGAGGUUCAUUUAUAUGGAAGCUCUCUUUUCUGCCACCAGUCUAGGGAUGUAAGUGACUCAUCAACUAUUCAAUAAGCAUAAGCUUAUCGAAUGGUUGAGUGGUGACUUGACUAGUUGCUCCUCCCCGCAGGCAUCAAGGGUUGGGGGCAGAAGCUGGUCCUGUAGGGAGCCAUCAUAAAAGCGAGGUUUCUCUCCCCCCUCCCGCAGCACCAUGUCUGGAGGAGGCAGAGGCAUAGCGGGAGAUGGGGUGUGAGCCAGAAAUCAGUUGAUUCCCAGCUCACGCCCAGUCCCCAAUGCUGUGCUGCUGUUUUUUAAAUGUAUUAAAAGCUAUCAGGCUCUUAAUACAUUUAAAAGGCAGAGCCACAGCGGGGUUAACUCCCGGGGCUGGGAGCUAACCUUGCUGUGGCUCUUUAGUGUCUGUCCCCCUUAUCAGCUAGUCAAUGGAAAUUCACUGACUAGUUGACUAAACUCAAUUUAACAUCCCUACACCAAUCUGGUGCUCCGACACCAUAGCAGCAUGGUUCCACUUGUCGUCCCCUUGGUUUAUAGCACAUGUUAGUCAGGAAAAAUAGAUGGACUAUUCAGAAAAGGCCUGGAGAUGUUUUCAGGUGGGAGUCAAGUGGAAGAAAGGCAUCUAAAGAGUAGGACAAACAAGUGUAAGUGCACUAACACUGUAAGUCCACUAACGAAACCAAUUAGAAAUCCACUUGUCAGAUCAAGUAACUUAGGAUACUUGUCUAAACUUAGACUUCAUGUUUGACUGUCUUGUGUUAUUUAUACUUUGUUAUUAAAUAGUUGAUUAAAAUGAAGUUUUUGUAACAGGAUUAAACUAUUUAUAUAAAAUUAAACUUUAUCCUGCAAACUCAA